GGCGCGCGGCCAUGGCUGCCGCGGCCGGGCAGGGGGGCCGGGGGGGCGGCGCGUGAGCGGGCGGCGCGGGGCGGGCGAGCGCCCGCGAUGUGCCACUCCGCGCCUCCCCCGCCGGGCCCGGGUUGCACGGUGGCCGGGCGGCCCUGGUAGCCGGCGAACGGCGCGGAAGAAGAGCGCGGCGCGCGAGUCUCAUUGUUGAGGGGGGGGCCCGUCGGGGCAUGAGGGCGAGAGCACGGCGGGGGGGGCGGCCAGACAGAGCGAGCGAGGAGGAGGACGCCGAGGAGGAGGAAGGAGGAGGCAAAGAAAAGAAGCGGCGGCGGCGGCGGAGGAGGGGGCGAGGAGGCGCGCGGCCCCCGCUCCCUCCCUCCCCCCCUGACCCCCGACCCCCGCCGGCCGGCCCCCAGCCCCAGCCCCGGAGGGAGCUCAUGGGAGUAUGAAGGAGAUGGUAGGAGGCUGCUGCGUAUGUUCGGACGAGAGGGGCUGGGCCGAAAACCCGCUGGUCUACUGCGAUGGGCACGCGUGUAGCGUGGCCGUCCACCAAGCUUGCUAUGGCAUCGUCCAGGUGCCAACGGGACCCUGGUUCUGCAGGAAAUGUGAAUCUCAGGAGCGAGCAGCCAGGGUGAGGUGUGAGCUGUGCCCACACAAAGAUGGGGCAUUGAAGAGGACUGACAAUGGAGGCUGGGCUCACGUGGUGUGUGCCCUCUACAUCCCGGAGGUGCAGUUCGCCAACGUGCUCACCAUGGAGCCCAUUGUGCUGCAGUACGUCCCUCAUGACCGCUUCAACAAGACCUGUUACAUCUGUGAGGAACAGGGCCGGGAGAGCAAAGCCGCAUCAGGAGCCUGCAUGACCUGUAACCGCCACGGAUGUCGACAGGCUUUUCAUGUCACCUGUGCCCAGAUGGCAGGCUUGCUGUGUGAGGAAGAAGUGCUGGAGGUGGACAAUGUCAAGUACUGUGGCUACUGCAAAUACCACUUCAGCAAGAUGAAGACAUCACGGCACUCCAGCGGGGGAGGAGGAGGAACAGGAGGUGGAGGCGGUGGAGGAGGUGGCAACAGUGGUACCAGCGGUGGUGGAGGUGGUUCAGGGGGAGGCAGCAGCAGUGGCGGCGGCGGCAGCAGCAGCAGCAACAGCUUCCUUACUGGCAGGAGAAGCCGGUCGGCCUCACCGUCCACACAGCAGGAGAAGCACCCUACCCACCAUGAGAAGGGCCAGAAGAAGAGUCGAAAGGAUAAGGAACGCCUUAAACAGAAGCACAAGAAGCGGCCUGAGUCCCCCCCCAGCAUCCUCACCCCGCCUGUGGUCCCCACUGCUGAUAAGGUCUCCUCAGCUUCGACUUCCUCCCACCAUGAGGCCAGCACUCAGGAGACCUCUGAGGGCAGCAGGGGCUCAAAGGGGAAAAAGUCUUCCAGCCAUAGCCUGAGUCAUAAGGGGAAGGGACUGAGCAGUGGGAAAGGUGUGAGCAGUUUUACCUCCGCCUCCUCCUCUUCCUCCUCCUCUUCCUCUUCUUCCUCCUCUGGGGGGUCUUUUCAGCCUGCAGGCUCGUCCUUGCAAAGCUCUCCUGACUUCGUGGCAUUCCCCAAGCUGGAGCAGCCUGAGGAAGACAAGUACUCCAAGCCCGCGGCCCCCACUCCGCCAGCCCCUCCCUCGCCCACAGCCCCUGAGCCCCCUAAGGCUGACCUCUUCGAGCAGAAGGUGGUUUUCUCUGGCUUUGGGCCCGUCAUGCGCUUCUCUGCCACCUCCUCCAGCUCCAGCCGGGCCCGAGCCCCCUCACCUGGGGACUACAAGUCUCCCCAUGUUUCGGGAGCUGGGGCCUCAGCAGGAGGCACCCAUAAGCGGAUGCCUGCACUGAGUGCCACCCUUGGACCUGCCGAGGAGGCUCCUGAGACAGGCCUGAAGGAGAAGAAGCACAAAGCCAGCAAGAGGAGCCGCCACGGGCCAGGCCGUCCUAAGGGUAGCCGAGGCAAGGAGGGUGCCACAGGCCCCACUGCCUCCCUCCCUGGGGCUCAGCUGGCUGGUUUUACUGCUACUGCUGCCUCGCCCUUCUCUGGAGGCUCCCUGGUCAGCUCCGGCCUUGGGGGUCUGGCCUCCCGGACCUUUGGGCCUUCAGGAAGCUUGCCCAGCCUGAGCCUGGAAUCCCCUCUGCUGGGGGCAGGAAUCUACACCAGUAAUAAAGACCCCAUCUCUCAUGGUGGAGGGAUGCUGCGGGCUGUCUGUAGCACCCCACUCUCUUCCAGCCUGCUGGGGCCUCCAGGGACCUCAGCCUUGCCCCGCCUCAGCCGUUCCCCAUUCACCAGCACCCUCCCAUCCUCUUCUGCUUCCAUCUCCACCACUCAGGUCUUUUCUCUGGCUGGCUCUACCUUCAGUCUCCCUUCUUCCCACAUCUUUGGAACCCCCGUGGGCACUGUAAACCCCCUCCUCACCCAAGCCGAGAAUAGCCACACAGAGCCAGACCUAGAAGACUGCAGCUUCCGGUGUCACGGGACCUCCCCCCAGGAGAGUCUCUCUUCCAUGUCUCCCAUCAGCAGCCUCCCUGCGCUCUUCGACCAGACAACAGCGGCGCCUUGUGGGGGUGGCCAGUUAGACACCACGGCCCCAGGCACAACUAACAUGGAGCAGCUGCUGGAGAAGCAGGGCGAUGGAGAGGCCGGUGUCAACAUUGUGGAGAUGCUGAAGGCCCUGCAUGCCCUGCAGAAGGAAAACCAGCGGCUCCAGGAGCAGAUCCUCAGCCUGACAGCCAAGAAGGAGCGAUUGCAGAUCCUCAACGUGCAGCUCUCUGUGCCCUUCCCUGCCCUGCCUGCUGCCCUGCCUGCCGCUAACGGCCCUGUCCCAGGGCCCUAUGGGCUGCAUCCUCAAGUGGGCAGCAACGACUCCCUGAGCACCAGCAAGAGCCCUCCAGGGAAGAACAGCCUUGGCCUGGACAAUUCCCUGUCCACGUCUUCCGAGGACCCACACUCAGGCUGCCCGAGCCGCAGCAGCUCAUCGCUGUCCUUCCACAGCACGCCCCCACCGCUGCCCCUGCUCCAGCAGAGCCCCGCCGCUCUGCCCUUGGCCCUGCCUGGGGCCCCUGCCCCGCUCCCACCGCAGCCACAGAAUGGGCUGGGCCGGGCACCCGGAGCAGCGGGGCUGGGGGCCAUGCCCAUGGCUGAGGGGCUAUUGGGUGGGCUGGCUGGCAGCGGGAGCCUGCCCCUCAAUGGGCUUCUGGGGGGGUUGAAUGGGGCUGCUGCUCCCAACCCUGCGGGCUUGAGCCAGGCUGGCGGGGCCCCCACGCUUCAACUGCCAGGUUGUCUCAACAGCCUGACAGAGCAGCAGAGACACCUCCUUCAGCAGCAAGAGCAGCAGCUCCAGCAGCUCCAGCAGCUCCUGGCCUCUCCACAGCUGACUCCAGAGCACCAGACUGUGGUCUACCAGAUGAUCCAGCAGAUUCAGCAGAAACGGGAGCUGCAACGGCUGCAGAUGGCUGGGGGCUCCCAGCUGCCCAUGGCCAGUCUGCUGGCUGGAAGCUCCACCCCACUGCUGUCUGCGGGCACCCCUGGCCUGCUGCCUACAGCAUCAGCCCCACCCCUGCUGCCUGCUGGAGCCCUGGUGGCCCCUUCACUCGGCAGCAAUACAAGUCUCAUGGCUGCAGCAGCUGCGGCUGCAGCAGUAGCAGCAGCAGGCGGACCGCCAGUCCUCACUGCCCAGACCAACCCCUUUCUCAGCCUACCCGGGGCAGAUGCCAGUGGGAGUGGCCCCAAAGGAGGGACCACUGACAAAGGAGCCUCAGCCAGCCAGGAAAAAGGCUAACUCGACCCUGCCUCUCCUGACCCCUACAUGGCUUGAGGGUCCUUGCCUGGAAUGGGUACCUGGGCCCGGACUCUGGAGGGCCAGGCCCAGAGCCUGUGCUGAUGCCCAGGGAGUGUGUGCCUGGAGUUCCAGGUGCUGUGGAGAGAGACUGGAGGGAAGCCCUUCCACCUGGCCUGUUCCCGUACUGCACUGGCUGCUCCAGGAGUGAGGAUCGGGGAGGACAGGCUCCAAGCCUGCCUAGGAGCCCCCAUCCUCUGCAGAUGCCUAGGGGCCCCCCCAAAGAGCAAAGCAGGUCAUGGCAUAGGAAGUGGAGAGUUGGUUGGACCUACCACGUAAACCAGUCAGCACUUGAAUGGGGAAGGAGCAGAGUAGGCCCUUGGGCCUCCCUGUGUGGUAUUCCUUAUGGAAAAAGGGCUGGUCCCAGUUGACCUUCAGAGUCUUCCCAGCAGAAGGGGUCCCUUUGACUGCUUCCCAUCAUCCCUCCCCGCUGAGGGUCACAAGCUGAGCUUGGAAAAGCCUACAGAUGUGGGGGGCUGAGGAAGGGCAGGAUAGCACCUCUUGGGGCCCCAUGAUGGGGCUGGGCAGGGGUGGGGGGGUCGUCCCUCACUGUCCUUGGUGUCCUGCCCCUUUUUGCACUAUUGGCUUGAGGAGUGCCGAGGGUGGGGAGAGGGAGCUGCCUGACUCCACAGCGCGUGAGAGUGUGUGUGUGAGUGUGAGUGUGUGUUUAUGGUCAGUCUGCUUAACCUGUCUGUCUGUCACCUCUUUCUCUGGACCUGGGGCAGCCAAGGGCAAGGACAGGAGCAUUGGCCAGAACCAGAGCAGGACUUCCUAGCUCUUGUAGCCUGUACCCCCUUCUCAGCUCUAGUCCUUUUCCAGGGCAUGAAUUGUAAACUUAAAAAAAUUAAAAAAAAAAAAAAAAAAAAGAACAGUACUCCAAUAUUGGAGAAUUCCUGGGGGCUGAAGGCUCUGAAUCAGGGUAAUAUCCUACCUUCCCUCCUCUGGACCCCACUCUGUCUCAGGGCCCCUCAGGGCCUCUUCCCCCCACUGGUAUCUGGUCUUUGCUGGCACAAGAGAUGAGGGAGGGGUAAAGCACCACUUCUCCUAACAGAAGUCUCCCUCCCUGAAGUAGCUAGUCUGCCUCUUCAGCCCCACCUUCACCAGCUAGUAGAGCCACUUAAGCUAACCACUGUCCCUUUCACCCACCAGCUGUUUUCCAGGGUGUGGUCGUGGGCAGCAGAGUCAGUCUGCCCAAGGCCAUUGUGAGAAACAUUGAGUGGGUCAUGGAAGCGCAGCCAUGGAGGCCUGUGUCCCUUUUGGUUGCACUGGCUGGGACUGAGGGCCAGUUUUCCCUGAUGUUCAUGUCUGUGGGUCCCUUUGCAUGUGUGCAUUUUGGUGUGUUUCUGUUUGGGUUUUGUUUUUGGGGUUGUUUGGUUUUUUUUUUUGUAAUAAAAAAAGAUGUGUAUAUUUUUGGCAAUGACAGAAACGUAGUGCAGAUAUAUUUUUGCCUGUGCUGCUCAACUGUUUUUUUUUUCUGGUAUGGAAAAUAAUAUUCCUGUUGAUAAGACUUUGUAAGAUACUAGGGUGGGUUGGGGACCUUCAGGAGCAAGUUCUUUGGCACUAGGAAGGAUUUGUUUGAGGGGUCAGUUGUGUUGACCUCAGAAAUACUCACUUUUCUAACUGCUUAGUAUCGGAAAGGCAUGGUCCUCAUCUUUUCAGCUCUUAACUUCUAGUCUAAGAGCCAGUGAUUCUUAGACGGCUUGCUCAUCCAGGCCCACGCCGUUACCCCAGCCACCAUUCAGAACCAAGUAGUCUCUGCUGUGAUGUCUGUAAGGCUGUCACGUGUGGAGUAAGUAGGAGCCCUAGGUGCCCCGCCCCAGAUGCUCCUUGGCCCCAGUCACCCUGAUCUCUGGAACUCUGCUCUCAACUUUGCAGAGCUCUUCUUCCUCUUUUGGGCCAGGAUGCUGAGAGCUCUGGGCCUCGCAUAGAUUGGUGCUGCUCUUUUCUUUUUUUCUUUGGUUUGGUUUUGAUUUUUGGUUUUUCGAGACAGGGUUUUUCUGUGUAGUGGAACCUCUCUUGGAACUCACUCUGUAGAUCAGGCUGACCUCGAACUCACGGAGAUCUGCCUGCCUCUGCCUCCCAAGUGCUGGGAUUAAAGGCGUGCACUACCAACUACCACCAUUUUAGCUUUCAAAACAAGGUUUCUCUUUGUAGUCCUGGCUGUCCUGGAAGUUGCUCUGUAGACCAGGCUGAACUCAAACUCAGAAAUCUGCCUGCCUUUUCCUCCUGAGUUCUGGGAUUAAAGGCGUGUACUGCCACCACUACUAGGUGGUGUUGCCCCUGUACUGAGACGAGGGAAAUUGUGACAGUCUUGGUGAAAUGACAUAGGGAAAAUUAGGAACAGAGUACACGGCAGGAUGGCAAGAAUGACCUCACAUCUUACAGUCUUAGUGGUUUUUGUUUUUGUUUUCCUGGGACAAGGUCUACUCUAUUAUGUAGCUCUGGCUGUCCUGGAGCGUGCUAUGUAGACCAGGCUGGCCUCAAACUCAGAGUACCACCUGCCUCUGCCUCCUGUGUGCUGGGAUUAAAGGUGUGCACCACCA